GGGAGUGUAAUUUGUUUUGAGUUUUAUACAUUAAAAACCGAUCAAACGUUUUAGACAAUGUCAUCUGCUGGCUCCAGUGGAUCAGGCCGUGGAAGAGGAGGACAAGCUGCUGUAGGUGAGCAAAAGGAAAGUAAAGAAUCAAAACCUAAUCCAAAAAUGUCGAAAGCUCUUGGAACGUCUGCCAAGAGAAUUCAGAAAGAGUUAGCAGAAAUAACUCUAGAUCCUCCUCCAAAUUGCAGUGCUGGCCCAAAAGGAGAAAAUUUCUAUGAAUGGGUUUCAACUAUUCUUGGCCCUCCUGGAUCUGUUUAUGAAGGAGGUGUCUUUUUCCUGGAUAUACAUUUUUCACCAGAGUAUCCAUUUAAACCACCCAAGGUCACUUUCCGCACUAGGAUUUACCAUUGUAAUAUCAACAGCCAAGGGGUUAUUUGUUUAGACAUCUUGAAAGACAACUGGUCGCCAGCUUUAACUAUUUCUAAAGUGUUACUCUCAAUUUGUUCCUUGCUUACUGACUGCAAUCCAGCUGAUCCACUAGUAGGCAGCAUAGCGACCCAAUACCUACAAAACCGAGAAGAGCAUGAUCGCAUUGCACGAUUGUGGACCAAGCGUUAUGCCACGUGAUUCUACUUCCCCCUAAGACACAGCUUCACACUUCCAUCUUUCAAGAUCACUCCCUUUGCCAAACAGAAUGGCAAAAAAAUUCAUCCUUAUCAUUUUUCAUUUAGGUUAGACUGUGUGUAGAAUUUGGCGCUGAAACAUAUUAAAUCAAGAUGUUGUUUAAGUUUAUUAAGUAUAUAGAUAUUAAGGAUUCAUUAAAAUGCAAUAUUUAUUGAAGGGAGCAGGGAAUUUUUUUUAUAUUUGUAUAUUUGUUUUGUAACCUCUCUUUUGUUUAGUUAACUCAUAUAAUUACAAUAAGAACAAAUUUAAAUCUGCAUUAGUACUUACAUUUAUUUGUUAUUUAUUUCAAAAGUUGAAAGAUUAACAUCGUAUAGGUAUGUUUUGGUUGUGGUUGCAGAGCAUUCACUUGACAACCAAUAAUAGUACAUAUAGCAAUAAAAAUUCAUGUGCUGAUACUUAUGUUCCUUAGUUUUAAUUUUUCUGUGAACUUCAAAGUAUCAGAUUUAAGCGUGAAGUGUAAAGGGGAACGUGGAUAUUAAAAUUACAUCUUAUAUUUUAAUUAUACCUAUUAAAUUAAUUUAAACAAUAUCUUGAUGGGAUUUAUCAAUGUUCGCAGAAUUCUUACACGCUGACCUAAGAUUUUUGUCUGUCUUCAGUGUUUUGCAUACUUAUAACCAUUCAUUUUUGUUUAGUUUUUAACGGAAUAGGAUAAAAUAAAUUUUUGUGAAUAAACUAUACUCUUUUUAAAGAGAAAAUUGUAUAAUAUAGUCUCGUCAUUUUUGUUUUUAAAACUAAGUGUCUGGAAAAAUGGAGAAAUAUGUAUGGACGAAAAACUUCGUCGUUUUGAUUAUUGCUUAGCUAUAGAAGAGGAUACAUAUUGUAACCAAAAACUGUUGCUGUGAAAGUAUGAAUCCAGUUAUAACCUACUAAUGUUUUUCUGUCUGGAAUAUCUCACUGCAUUUAGUGAGAAUUAACAAAGGUGAAAGAGCAGAAACACUUUGGCCUUGGUUAUUUGUGUGUAUUAAUAUGGAGUUUCCAUUUUCCUAUAAAAUGAAAACAAAGUAGUUAUAAGGAUUAUAGUAGCGGAGGGGUUUCUUUGCCUUUUUAGUUCAUUGAUGAAAUAAUAUCAACAAAAAAAGGUGAUAGGGUUAAAACAGUGAUAUAUUUAAACGAACUCUCGGUAUUGCCUGGGUAUAUUUUUUUACAGGCUGAAUCGCAUGUUAAAUGAUAAAACUAUGCCAGAUAGAAAAAUGUAAGUAAUAUAUGUCACUGCUAGUAGAUUAAAUUGGAUAGAUCUAAAUAUAUUCUAUUAUCUUCUUUUAUCGUACAUUGUUAGUACUAGCUCGGUAUGGUAUAUAUACAAAGAAGCAAUGCAUGAUAAAUACAAGAUGUGGCAAUUAAAUAACCGGAGACUGGUAUUACAUUGCCGAUCUCUACAAUGCUCCGAAUUUUCCAUUAUUUUCUCCAAAAGUAGUGCUGGAACUCUGCGUCAACUUCCACAUUAUCAAAUAUAAGGAACCAAAAAUCACAGAGGUCCAGGUCGGGCGAAUACGAUGGGUGAUUCCAGUUAUAAAUGGGUGGGUGGCACCAUUUUUGUGCAAGUACAAACUUUAUACAAUCUUUGAUGGUUCUUGAAAAUGUUUGACAGAAACUUUCUAGAUUCCUAAUUCUUGAGAUUUCGUCAAGAGCUUGAUAUCGCACGACGAUUUUUGCGGAUCAGUUUACAAAUUUUCUGAAUGUUGCAUGUUUUUGAUGUUGGGCCUCCUUAAACCUUCUAAUCCAUUCAAUAAUUUGUGUGUACGGUAAACCACUUCCGUACACUUCCAUUGACAUUGAAUCUGUAGCGGUUUUUCCGAGUUUCAUUCAGGUUAGCUUGUUGCUCCAUCUGAACACUAUUUUUCGACGAGACUCUAACGCAAGGACUUGAAGGAGCAAGACUGAGCGGCGUAUGACCGUACCCAUUGAGCUUAGGUACGGGAAAAAGAGAAACAGGCAAGUAAAUGUUCAGAUCUGCUGCGGAAUGUUAACUGUUUGCCGUUAGCAGCACCAGUUUGAAUCAUAUAAUGUCUUUGAUGAUGUAUUGAAGAAUUUGAAUCGCAAUGGCUAGUUACUUUUUACAUUUAAAUAUUAUCUAACAGUAGUAACAUAAUGAUUUUACUACUGACGAUGAAUAUUGUGGAAUACAGUUGUCAAUAAAGAUGUAAAACAAGAAAAGAAAGGGUGUAUCAAAGAGUUUUUGGAAUUUGAGUCUCAGAAAAGAUGGAAGAUUAUACACCAUCUAUAUUUCGGUCUUGAAAUUUAUAUGUAUAAAAAAAAUCAUUUAAAAUUUGCCCAUUAAAUAUUGCUAGUGAGUAAUUUUCACUCAAUCGGAAUCUUCGCGCGUAAAUUCAUAUACAAAUGCGCGUAUUAGUACAGUUACAAAUAUUUGACGAUAAAAAAUAUGCAAAGGAAAAUAUUAUUUUUAAAAGAGUUGUAAAUUUAUUCACCUUUGAUAUUUUUUACUACAACAAUUUCUAUAGUACAGUGGGUAUCCAAAAUAGUAGUUGAAUAAUAUAAAAGUAUACAGAGAGAUCUUUAGUCCCUUUAUGUUUAAAAUAUUUGAUAGUUGCAACACAUCCACUAAUUCGUAAAUGAUAUGCUUAAUUGACCAUUUAGGAAUAAUAUUCAAUAAAUAAGAAGAAUUCCAGAUAAAUUUUUAUCAAAUGCUCUCGACUAUUAAGGUAGAAGAAAAAAAAUGUUGCAUUUUAUAGCUUCUAAGAAGAAAUAGUAUCGAUUUAUCUGUGAAUAUUUUAUUAUUUCAUGUAAAUUGUAAGAUCUGAAACUUUCUGUUACUAGUUAAUAAAAUGUUUUACUGAACGAUAUUCGGUAAUACAGGGUGUUGUAGAAAUAUCAAACGAUUAGGAGAAUUAGUAUAGUGAGAAAACAAUGUGAUCAAAAGAGUAUACAUGAACAUUUAAAUUUUUUAUAUUAUGAACGAGGUUCUAAAAAGUAUGAAAAGUAUAAGAAGCCUAUGAACACUCUGUAUUAAUAUUAAAAUAAAAGAAUGUUUCAUUUUUCUGGACACGGCUCUUAACGUUUUAUGGUUGCCAAAUUUUUGUAUUCUACUUAAUUUUUUUCAGACAAUAAAAAAGACAAAAUAUCAUUGGGUAUUUCAAAUACAAUCAAAUAUCAGGUCUUAAGUAUAUUUUAAGGUAAUUAACAAGAUAGAUUUUGUGAAAGAAUACAUUUUAUAUCGAAUAUCUUAAAUAAGAAUUAUACAAGUUUUCAGUGAACUUUUAAGAGGACAUCAAGAAAGCACUUUAUUGUUACUGAAGUGAUUACCAAUCUUCGUGAUAGUGAAGGAAAUGUGCUAUUUCAUCCGGUAAUCAGCAGUUUUGUUGUCGACCUAAAUUGGUCAGCAUCGAGCUGCAAUCAGUACAUAAGCAAAUCUUCAAAGUAUUCUAUAAGUAUAUGUAUAAAACGUGUCUUUCAACAUCCAGGCUGAAUAUUUUUAAGCGUUGUUUAAACUUAAAACUGCCGUCAACAAUCCUACUGAUAUAUAUUGUGAUACCAGCCUAUUUUCGAGGGAAAUAUGCUGUAAUAUAAGAUACUAUCCUGAAUUAACGAUUGAGCUCACUAGGAAAUACACCAAAGAACAACGAAUUUGUUAUUCAUAUCGUCAGCUUGCUGGAAACUUGUAAGAUAACUUUAACAGAUAUUUUAGAAUUAUUAUUGUUAUGCCUAAUUAGAUAUUUUUAACAAUAUGAUUAGUUGUGAAUACAUACAUAUUUUUUACAUAAGGCUUAUAUUUGAUUGUAAAAGAAUCCAAGUGUUCAUUUUAAAUCAUUUGUGCAAUUUUGAUCGUUAAUUGGCAGCUAAUGACACAAAAGACGCUAAUUUAAUUGAUAGUUUUAACUUUGUCAGAUAUACAAAUCAUCUAAUCUGAAAAAUUGCAAAAAUGAAAUGACACACCUUUUAACUCAUCAAUAAAUAUACACACUACUUGAUCUUAAAAUGGACCCUACCUUUAAAAUGUUUGAUUUUGAGAUUGUGCUUGUGAUUAAUAAAAACUUCCGGAAAUUUUUUGGUAGUUCCGGCCCAUUUUAUUCCUACAGUUUUUCUACUGUUGUCAUAUAUACUUGUGAAUUAUCAAAAUAGUUUCUAUUCGUGCAAUUCGUACUGUGUAGAAUGCUUUUGUGCUAUCCUACAUAUGAUUCUUAAAACACUACUUUUACUUGUAUAUACUUCGAAAUUGAAGCUCAGUUUUAUAGAAUAUGGAUGUUUUGUUAAUAAUAUUGCAAUUAGUGACCUAAUUGCACUAAUUAACUAGUUUAUAACUUCAAACAUCCAAAAGUCAGAAUGGUUUGAGGUACAAGCAAAUCAUUUUGGAGGUCUCGGCUGGAUAAGUUUCGAAUUUUGUUAAAACAAACCUAUAGUAAAUGAAUAAACAAUUGAUUAUACUGAGCAUUUGAAAUAUUUAAUAUCAAUCUGAAAUAUAUAUUUCAUUGAUAUGAUAAAAGCUUUGUUUUUCGAAUCACUAUAACCUAUAUCUUUCGUUUUCUUCUUUUUUUUUUUUGAUGUGAUAGGUAUAUUUAUUUUACUUUUGUCAAGAUGCGUAUUGAAUAAUUAAAUAAUUACUCCCAAAUGGCUUGUGUAAAGUAUCAUUUUUUACUAAAUUUAAGAGAAUAUGGACUAUUCUUCUAGUAAGUACUGUUUUAGUUGAUAUUGUAAUAAUAAAAUUUAGUAUGUAG